UGUUAAGUUUUGGCGCGAAAUGUAAACAAAAUUUUAUUGUUUGGUAAAUUUGCAAAUUUUGCAAAAAGUUGUGUUUUUGAGAUAUUAUUAAUUUUUUUGCCAAUUAAUGUUCUUUUAAAUUACAAAAAAUGGAACCAAGUGGUGGUAAAAAAGUUUUACAGAAUACUGGAAAAUUUGUAUCAGAAACAAGAGCAGAAGGAGAUGAUUAUUUUAAUGAAGCUGGUUAUAGGCAGUCUAGGGAAAAUGAUAAAAUUGAUUCCAAAUAUGGGUUUGAUCGUGUUAAAGAUGGCCUGGAAAGAACCGGUUACCUGAUCAAUAUGCAUACCACCGAAGUUUUAGAUGAAGAUCGUCGCCUGGUGGCAGCUUUAGAUUUAUUCUUUAUACAAAUGGAUGGUUCUCGCUUCAAAUGCACCGUAGCCUAUCAACCUUAUUUGCUAAUAAAACCGGACGAAAAACAGGCUAUAGAAGUAGCGCGUUUUCUAAGUCGCAAAUAUUCUGGCCAAUUGGUUAGCGUUGAACAUAUUUAUAAGGAAGAUUUGGAUUUGCCCAAUCAUUUGUCUGGUCUUCAACAACAAUAUCUUAAAUUAACUUUUCUCAAUCAAACAGCUAUGACUAAAGUACGUCGUGAAAUCAUGGCGGCAGUACGCAAAAAUACCGAAAGGGAGAAAUCAAAUACAUAUUACCUGCAAAUGUUGGCCUCUUCUCUAGCUGCCAAUAGCGCUAGCGAAAGUGGGGAUGGCAGAAAACAAUUGGAUUAUAUGGAUUGCAUUAUGGAUAUAAGAGAACAUGAUGUACCCUACCAUGUCCGCGUGUCAAUAGAUUUGAAAAUUUUCUGCGGCCAAUGGUAUAAUAUACGAUGUCGAAGUGGUGGCAUGGAAUUACCCAUAAUAACACCUCGUCCUGAUAUACUUGAAAGACCCGAACCGGUAGUUUUGGCUUUCGAUAUAGAAACCACUAAGUUACCCCUUAAAUUCCCAGAUGCCCAAACAGAUCAAAUUAUGAUGAUUUCCUAUAUGAUUGAUGGUCAGGGUUAUUUGAUUACAAAUCGUGAAAUCAUUUCCUGUGAUGUUGACGAUUUCGAGUAUACACCCAAACCAGAGUUUGAGGGAAAUUUUAUCGUUUUCAAUGAAGAAAAUGAAAUGCAUUUGAUACAAAAGUUCUUUGAUCAUGUUAUGGAGGUGCGUCCUCAUAUUGUUGUAACCUACAACGGUGACUUUUUCGAUUGGCCCUUUGUUGAGACUAGAGCGGCAGUAUAUGAUUUGGAUAUGAAACAAGAGAUUGGUUUUUCAAAAUCAAGAGAUGGCAAUUAUUUGUGCAGACCUUCUAUACAUAUGGAUUGUUUGUGUUGGGUUAAACGUGAUUCCUAUCUACCAGUUGGUUCACAGGGUCUGAAAGCAGUUGCCAAAGCAAAGUUACGUUAUGAUCCUGUUGAAUUAGAUCCCGAAGAUAUGUGUAAAAUGGCUGUUGAACAGCCUCAAGUGCUCUCCAACUACUCUGUUUCAGAUGCCGUUGCCACAUAUUAUUUAUAUAUGAAAUAUGUACAUCCUUUUAUAUUUGCUUUAAAUACAAUUAUUCCUAUGGAACCGGAUGAAAUUCUACGUAAAGGUUCUGGUACUCUAUGUGAAACUUUGCUUAUGGUGCAGGCGUAUCAUGCCAAUAUUGUCUAUCCAAAUAAACAGCAAAAUGAGCUUAAUAAACUGUCUAAUGAGGGUCAUGUUUUAGACUCGGAAACAUAUGUGGGUGGACACGUGGAAGCUCUUGAAUCUGGGGUAUUUCGGGCUGAUAUACCAUGUCGUUUUCGUUUGGAUCCUAAUAUGGUUCAACAACUAAUGGAUAAUGUUGAUCGUGUAUUGAAACAUGCCCUGGAGGUAGAAGAGGGCAUACCUUUGGAGAAGGUUAACAAUUUGGAUGAAGUUCAUAAGGAGAUUUGUCAAGCUUUAAAAGGUUUACAUGAUAUACCCAAUCGCUUGGAGCAGCCUGUUAUAUACCAUUUGGAUGUGGGUGCUAUGUACCCAAAUAUUAUUUUAACCAAUCGUUUGCAACCCUCCGCUAUGGUCAGUGAUACUGAUUGUGCUGCUUGUGACUUUAAUAGGCCUGGUGCCCGCUGUAAGCGCAGUAUGGAUUGGUUGUGGCGUGGUGAAAUGUUACCAGCCUCUAGAAAUGAAUUUCAAAGAAUACAACAGCAGUUAGAAACUGAAAAAUUUCCUCCUCUAUUUCCUGGUGGACCACAAAGAGCAUUUCAUGAACUUUCAAAGGAAGAUCAGGCGGCCUACGAGAAAAAGCGUUUAUCGGACUAUUGCCGCAAAGCUUAUAAGAAAACUAAAAUUACUAAAUUAGAGACAAGAAAUUCAACUAUUUGCCAAAAGGAAAACAGUUUUUAUGUAGACACUGUGAGAGCUUUUCGUGAUCGUCGUUAUGAGUACAAGGGUUUAACUAAAGUUGCUAAAGCAGCAGUCAGUGCAGCUAUAGCUUCAGGCGAUGCCUCGGAAAUUAAAGCUGCCAAGGGUCGAGAAGUCUUAUACGAUUCGUUGCAGUUGGCCCACAAAUGUAUUUUGAAUUCUUUCUAUGGUUAUGUCAUGCGUCGUGGAGCUAGAUGGCAUUCUAUGCCUAUGGCUGGUAUUGUAUGCUUGACAGGUUCUAAUAUUAUUACUAAAGCUCGAGAAAUCAUAGAACGUGUUGGACGUCCUUUGGAAUUGGAUACCGAUGGUAUUUGGUGUAUUUUACCCGGCUCAUUUCCUCAAGAAUUUACUGUUUUAACGUCACAUGAGAAGAAAAAGAAAAUUAAUAUUUCCUAUCCGAACGCGGUUCUUAAUACCAUGGUUAAAGAUCACUUUACUAAUGAUCAAUAUCAUGAAUUGGUAAAAGCCAAAGAUGAUUCUGGCGAACCUCCUGAAUAUACCAUAAGAGAAGAAAAUUCUAUAUUCUUUGAAGUAGAUGGUCCUUAUUUGGCCAUGGUUUUGCCGGCAGCCAAAGAAGAAGGCAAAAAAUUGAAGAAAAGAUAUGCUGUAUUUAACUUUGAUGGCUCUUUAGCUGAAUUAAAAGGUUUUGAAGUAAAACGUCGCGGUGAAUUGCAGCUUAUUAAGAAUUUUCAAAGUUCAGUUUUUGAGGCAUUUUUGGCUGGUAACACAUUGGAAGAGUGUUAUGCGUCAGUCGCUAAAGUGGCCAAUUACUGGCUAGAUGUUUUAUAUAGUCGUGGUUCUAACUUGCCCGAUUCAGAGUUGUUCGAGUUGAUUUCGGAAAACAAAUCUAUGUCUAAGAAGCUGGAAGAGUAUGGAGCCCAAAAGUCCACAUCUAUAUCAACUGCUAAAAGAUUAGCUGAAUUUUUGGGAGAACAAAUGGUUAAAGAUGCCGGUUUAGCCUGUAAAUAUAUAAUCUCUCGUAAACCGGAGGGAGCACCGGUCACCGAAAGAGCUAUACCUUUAGCCAUUUUCCAAUCAGAACCUAGUGUUCGCCGACAUCAUCUACGUCGAUGGUUAAGAGACAAUACCAUGGGUGAUGCGGAUAUACGAGAUGUUUUAGAUUGGAACUAUUACAUUGAACGUUUGGGAGGAGCUAUACAAAAAAUUAUUACUAUACCAGCUGCCUUGCAAGGCUUAACAAAUCCUGUGCCCAGGGUACAGCAUCCCGAUUGGCUGCACAAAAAAAUUUCAGAAAAAAAUGAUGUCUUCAAACAGCGCAGAAUUAAUGAAAUGUUUACUUCCAGGCCAAAGCCUAAGCCAGCAAUGACUUCAUCGAGCAAUGACAGUGAAGCGAAAGAUGUGGAUAUAGCUGAUAUGGAAGAUUUGGCGGGUGUAGAACAAACGACAGAUGGCAGGCCUAGGGUAACUAAAAGACGUAGGGCUAACUCAGACGAAGAAGAAAAUGAGCCCAGCCAACCUGAGCAUACUUCAUGGCGUCAAGCGUUGGGCCAACCACCACCCAUUGGUACAACGCGUAAAGAAAUUGUGGAAUGGGUCAAGUUUCAAAAGCUUAAAUGGGCUUGGCAAUUGGAAAGACGUCAACGUUACAAACAGCAAAAUAAAAGACAACGCAGUGAUAAUGCAAAUGAUGCCCCAGACCAUAGGUCCUCCUCUAAGGGUGCCAUAUCUACAGCUACGUUGGGUGGAUUUUUGCGCAGAGCUCAGCGUACUUUGUUAGAUCAAGUAUGGCAAAUAUUACAAAUUAUACCCGUUGAUGAUCUAGGUCACUUUACGGUGUGGGCGAUGAUUGGUGAAGAAUUGCACAAAAUCAAAUUAAUAGUGCCUCGUAUAUUCUAUGUAAAUCAAAGAAGUCUUGCUCCACCCGAAGAGGGCCAAAUGUGGAAAAAAGUAAAUCGUGUGCUGCCACGUUCUCGACCCGUUUACAACCUCUAUCGGUACAGUGUUCCUGAGCAAGUUUUUAAGGACAAUUGCCUGGGUAUGUUGGCUGAUCUUGCUACUCCCGACAUUGAGGGUAUUUAUGAAACACAAAUGUCAUUGGAAUUCCGAGCUCUUAUGGAUAUGGGCUGUUUGUGUGCGGUGCAACGCGAAGAAGCCAAAAGACUAGCCGGUUUGGCUACUAAAGAUUUAGAAAGCUUUAGCAUAGAGCAACUAGAACAAAAAUCUCAAGCCCACAUAAAAUACUUGCAAGGCUCUAAUGCUAAACUAAGGAAAAUAUUCCUUUAUCAACACAAUAUACCCACAGCCAAGAAGGAAGUGUGGUCCAUUUUCCUAAUGGCUAGUAAAAAAGCCAUAGUUAUUGCUUUAGAUACGGUGCGCACAAAUCAAAUGCCCAACAUGAAAAAUCUAUAUACCGCCGAAAGAUUAGCUUUGAUAAAGAAUCUACAAAAUCCCGAAGAUGCCGAAAAAAUACCGCCAGAAGAUUUUACAUUUGAAAUAUUCAUAGAAGUAGAUAUGAAACAAGUAUAUCGCCAUAUACAAAAGGCAUUGUCCACCUAUAAGGAAGAAAAGCGCGGACCAACAAUAAUUUGUAUGCAAACGGCUAUAGAAGCGCGUAAACUAAGUAAUAACAUGCCAAUUUUGCUGGAUUUUCCACAAGCCCAAAUCCAUAUAUCCGAUGAUGCAUCUCUACUCUCGGGGUUAGAUUGGCAACGCCAAGGAUGUCGUGCAUUGGUGCGUCACUUUUUAAAUUUGAACAAUGUAGUGGAGUUGAUGUUAGAUCAGUGUCGUUAUUUCCAUGUUCCCUUGGGAAAUAUGCCUCCAGAUACGGUGCUGUUUGGAGCUGAUCUCUUUUUUGCUAGAUUAUUACAAAAACACAACUUUGUGUUAUGGUGGUCUGCUACCACUCGUCCCGAUUUGGGUGGCCGAGAAGCGGAUGACAGCAGAUUAUUGGCCGAAUUUGAAGACAGUAUUACAGUAGUACAAAAUCAAUCCGGAUUUUAUCCUGAUGUUUGUGUAGAACUAGCCUUGGACAGUUUGGCAGUAUCUGCUCUCUUGCAGUCGACAAAGAUUCAAGAAUUAGAGGGUGCAUCUUCGGCCAUAACAUUUGAUGUAAUACCACAGGCAUCUCUUGAGGAAAUGAUAGGUACGGUACCGGCAGCCACUCUACCAAGUUAUGAUGAGACAGCCCUUUGUUCGGCAGCAUUUCGAGUUAUGCGUUCCAUGGUUAAUGGCUGGUUAAGAGAGGUGUCAAUUAAUCGAAACAUUUUUUCCGAUUUUCAAAUUGUGCACUUCUAUCGUUGGGUUAGGUCCAGCAAUGCCUUGCUUUAUGAUCCCGCCUUACGGAGAUCUCUUAAUAACCUGAUGAGAAAAAUGUUUUUAAGAAUUGUAGCAGAAUUCAAACGUUUAGGCGCCAGCAUUAUAUAUGCCGAUUUUAAUCGCAUCAUAUUGUCCUCGGGGAAAAAAUCUGUAGCUGAUGCCUUGGCUUACGUGGAUUAUGUGGUGCAAUCCUUAAGAAAUAAAGAAAUGUUUCAUUCUAUACAAUUGUCGUUCGAACAGUGUUGGGACUUUAUGUUAUGGUUAGAUCAUGCCAAUUAUUCAGGCAUAAGAGGCCGUUUACCCAAAGGCAUAGAUGAAACCACACUUGGUGAUGUUACAGCAGCUGCUUUAGCGGCUCAAUCUGAAGACCGUUUAAGAAAUAGCGAAUCUCAAAAUUCCGAUAAUGAAGAUUCUGACAAUGAUGUCGAAGAAGUGCCACGAGCUCCUGAAGACGAAGAAAACGCAGAAGAGGAAGAACAAUUGUCGCUUGAAUUAAAUUGGACCAUCAGUGAACAUUUGCCGGAGGAAAAUGAAUGCCGUGAAAAAUUCGAAGCUCUUUUGACAUUGUUUAUGCAAUCUUUAGCCGAACGUAAAACUACUCAGCAGGCCAUUAAAGAUAUUUCGCAUGCUGCUUUUGAUUUUAUUAUAAAAUUGCAUAAAAACUAUGGUAAAGGUAAACAUAGCCCGGGUUUGGAUUUGAUACGUACUCUUAUUAAGGUGCUGAGCGUUGAUAAAGGCUUGCUGGAGGACAUAAAUGAAUUGCGCCGCAAUAUGUUGCGUUUGGUGGGUGUUGGUGAGUUUUCCGACUUGGCUGAAUGGAAAGAUCCCUGCGAUAGUUAUACCAUAUCCGAGGUCAUAUGUAAGGCGUGUAAUCAUUGUCGGGAUUUGGAUUUAUGCAAAGAUAAACAUCGUGCUAUGAAGGAUGGAAUACCCGUCUGGUUGUGUGCCCAAUGUUUUGUGGCCUAUGACAAUGAAGAAAUUGAGAUGCGUAUUAUAGAUGUGGUGCAAAGGAAACUGAUGUCUUAUGUUUUACAAGAUUUACGCUGCACACGGUGUAAUGAAAUAAAAAGGGAAAAUUUGGCACAAUUUUGUACAUGUGCUGGUGAGUUCGUGCCGCUUAUAUCGGGCAGAGAAAUCGAUCAAUUACUAAGAACUUUCCGCAAAGUGGCAGAAUACCAUAAAAUGGAUUUGCUUCAAGAAACAGUACAUCAAAUUAUAACUACAAAAUAAGAUAAUUAAAAUCAUAAUAAAACCUGUAAAUAAAUAUAGAGUUUCAUUUGUUUUUAUUA